CUUGGCAUGUUGAUCUUCUUCACUUCGUCAGCCAUCUUGUAGAUUUCCGUCCCUGAUUUUUUGGCGGUGUCGCCUUCUAUGACAAAACAACACCCAGAACCGCGGAAGAUUCAAUCCUGUCCUCUCACGAAUCAAAUAAUUUGGACUUCGUUAAAAAUCAAACAGUCUACACAGACGAUCAUAUGGAUGAUUGGUAGCUGCAGGUGACCUGAGCAGACCAAUCAGAUCUUCCAAAUGGAUCAGCCUGGGAUUUCAUUGACUGAUAUGGCAAGUGCCAUGGUAUCUGACACUUUAGCAUUAGAGCCCAUUGAUAAGGGUGAGGCAGGACAGAGUCCCCAGACAGCUGCUGCUAAAGUUCCUGUAAAGAAACCAGCAAAGAAGAUGAGAAAUUACUUGUGUGAGGUUUGCAGUUAUCAGGCUCGGUCUAAUUACUCCCUGAAAGAACACAUGAAGUCUCACUCAGAUACUAAGCCUUACUCUUGCUCUCAGUGUAAUUAUUCCUGCAACAGAGAAAGAAAUUUAAGAAUUCAUGAGUUUACCCAUUUGGAGAAGAAACCAUUAAAUUGCACUCUUUGUGACUACACCUGCAUUCAGAAUUUCCAGCUGAAAGCUCACAUGUUGCUUCAUGAAUCAGAAACUCCCUUUGUCUGUAACCUUUGUGGUGCUACUUACAAGAAGGAGGCUGGCCUCAAGACUCAUAUGCUGAAGCAUUCAAACAUUCAUAAAUUUAAGUGCAAACAUUGUUCUUACAUGACAAAUCGCUAUGCUGACUACAGGAGACAUGUUCUCAUUCAUUCAACAGCCAAACCUGUGAAAUGCCCCUUUUGUAACUACUCUUGCAUUCGCGAGUCCAGACUUCGUGCCCAUAUGUUGAUUCACAGAGGCAAAGAUGCCAACUUGAACACAGACCCUGUUUUAGCCAACUUGGAACAGCAGCUACUGCACUGUGAAGUCUGUGACUAUGUGUGCACUGUGCCUUCACGCCUCAAGAAGCACAUGAAGUCCCACACUGGGAUUGGCCCUUACACCUGCGACGUGUGCAACUACUCCUGUGCUAAGGCAGCUGCUCUGAAGGCUCACAAGCUGAAACACAAAAGAUCGGACCGCAUCAAUCAGACGGGUCUGUACAAUGGUUCGAAUACUGCAGAAAAGACGGAAAUGAUGGACGUGACCACAGCUGAGGGUCACAUCAAUGCAGCACCCUUAGCCCCAAUGAUGAAUAACACGAUGCACAUUACUAAUGCUGUUCAAAUUGCAAACCCUGUACAAAUAGCCGAUCAUACUCAGAUAACGGAAACUGUUCACAUCACUAAUCCCAUGCAGAUACCGGAACACAUACAAAUAGGUGAUCCUGGUCAGGUCACUACCUCAAUGCAGAUUGCCAACCCAGUUCAGAUGGACACUGUUGCUGCUAUGGCUGGCCACUCUCAGAUGGAAAACCAGCCUCAGCUGACCACGGAAAUCACCACGGUGGACAGCAUCAACCAGGCUGUCAUGUAUGCUUCAGCUGGUGCCAACGUGAAUGCCACUGUCAUUGUGACAGGGCCUGCGCAACAGUGGGAGACAGCUGAGACUGACUGGGUUGCUGAGACUUUUGAUGGCGAUUAUAAUCAGUUUGCUCCAUUUGAUCAGUCGGUGAUCACCACUGUGACGCCUGCUAAGGGCAGUUUUCUAGACUCCCUGCUUGCAGCUGUGAAACAGGAACCUCAGGAACCCCCUCCACCACCAAAACCUCCAAGGAACCAUUCCACCUCCAAGAUGUUCCACUGUGACGAGUGCGACUUCUCCUGUGACUACCGCUCCACUUUCAACAAGCAUAAGAAAAAGCACUUGAAAGUGAAAAACUACAAGUGUGCCCAUUGCGAAUACAUGUGCAAUGAGCUGAGCCGCAUGAAGGACCAUCUCCUGAUUCACACCAAUGAGAAACAGUUUGCCUGUGAACUCUGUGAUUACACCUGCAAGAGGAAAUCGGCUCUGAAGAUUCACAUGAAAACUCAUGAGACUGGAGACGGAAACCUUCACCGAUGUACGGAGUGCAAUUUCUCCUGUAAGAGCGCUCCUGGGCUGAAGUCUCAUAUGAUGAAGCAUCUGGGCACCAAACCCUAUCAAUGUGACAUCUGUGGUCUGGCUGUGGAAUCCACCUACAAGCUGAAGAAGCAUAAAUUCACGCAUGGCUUGAAGCCAUUCCAGUGUGAGUACUGUGACUACACCUGUGUGCAGCAACAGCAGAUGAAAAUUCAUGUGCUGCAGCACACAUAUGAUUAUCCGUUCUGUUGCACUAUGUGUGAUGCAAAGUACAAGAAGGAGGACAGCCUGAAGGUCCACAUUAUGUCAAACCACCAGAACAUCAACAAGUUCACUUGUGAUCUGUGCAACUAUGCUGGCAACCGUGCUGCUGAUUUCCGAGAACAUUUGCUCACUCACUCUGAGAAAAAGCCCCACCAGUGUCCUCAUUGUUCAUAUUCAUGCAUCCGGCCCUCUGGUCUAAAAAAGCAUAUGCAGAUUCAUUUGAAGGGGAAGGAUGUGAAGCCACUGAAAAAGAAAUUUUAUCGCUGUGCAUUUUGUGAUUUCAAGUGCACACGCACAGGACGCUUAAAAGCACAUUUAUCUAAAAUUCAUCUUGAUCUUCCCGAGAAUAUGACAUUUAGCAUUGAUAUGUCCCAGUUACAGACCACUGCGUAAUACAGAAAAUGAAAGUUUGGUUGUUUACCUUUGAUAUUGUUGUAUCAUGUUCUAAGUACCUGAGGGAAUCAGUAGCAUACAAACUUUAUAAUUGGCUUUACAGGUGCAAUGAGUUUGAUAGGUUUUAUUUUUUAAAGGCUCUGAACAGGUCACAACAGGCUGAAUGCACACAUUCUGUAUAGUAACAAGAAGGCUUUUAGACAUUGUCUGGUCAGAGACUUAUCCUUUCAACUCAACACUGCGUCCAUUACCCCACACCUGUUUGAGGAAUGCCCAAUACAAGACAGGCUCGCUCAGAGGAGCCAAAUGCCCAUGACAAGUCAUUGAUAUUUUGAGGCUGUUCAACGGGCAGCUGCAUUUUUGUUGUGGUAUCCGGCAUUAUCAAAUGAAGGGCGAGGAAGAGCUGCAGUUAAAACUGUCCAUAAUGAUGACUCAAGAUCACAGAGAUGAGUGACCUCUGUAGGCAGGUGGCCUCUGUGGAGAGGGUCUGAGUUAUAGUCACUUAUUGGACUUGACAAAGUCAAUCUGAAGUCUUUAUUUUACUUUUCUUUUCCACCCCCAUCAAAGUUGUUAGAACAGAUAGGCCUGUAUAGUUUCUUUGCACUGUACAUAGAUGCUUAGUGACAAUUAAAAAGUACAUUUUGAGGCCGACUUGUCAUGAAAAUGUCCGACUGUAAAAGCAUUGGACAGCAACUGCUAUGUACAGGUUAAAAAAAUAAGAAAAGCGUAAAGAUGUCACAGAGCAAUGGCUGUAAGGAAAGGUGACGGCUAUAGAGAGGUUUCACAUAGGCAGAGGUAUUCAUCAUGAAUGUAAUUGAUCCUGUGAAUUGACUUGACAUUUCAGUUUAUUUUUUUGUUUGUUUAAUUUUUCAAAAUGAGAUUGUCACUUGUCCCCAUUUCACUCACCUUUUAUGUUGCUCUCCUGUUACUUUUGUAAGAGUGUCACAAACAGUAUUUAAUUUAUUUGGUUGGUAAACAAAUCUCUUCAUAUGAUAUCAAAUAUCAGGCCAGUUGUUAUAGGGUUUCACAUACCAACAUACAAUUCAUCGUAUUCAUCUGUUUAUACAGUGCCUACCUGUCUGCCAGCCAGUCAGUAUGUUUGAAUGUUUGUCCUUUUUUUUUUGUUUUUUUGGUGCAAACUUUGUCAUUGUAUCCUUUUUUCUUUCAAAUAGUGGUACCUUGCAUCUCAUUGAUCUGGCAUUAAAAGCUAAAACUCAUCAAUAUCACUAGAUCUGUGCGUAAGAAAUUCCCCCGCAUUUUUAUUUAUAAAAAAAUGAAGGUUCCACCAGAGGACAGGAUAGGGGGGCUCACCACAUGAUGACUCACUGGAGCAGUGAAAGUUAGAUCUGACAUUAUUAAAUAAAAUAAUAAUGAAUCAUUAUCCUCUGCAAAUAGUCCCUUGAACUCCCUUUCUCAACUGUCGACUUGCCCGCUUCAAAUCUUCACACAAAAAAACAACUGAAACUAAUUGGAAACUUAAGAUAGACUUGAGCAGCUAACAACAUCUGCGUCACUCUGUUUUGCUAAUCAGAUGGUGUUGUUUUUAGCAGAACGGGUACAGGAUUGAUAAAAAGUAAGCUUAGAAUUUUUUUAUUUUUUUUUCCUGAUGAAGUAUGCACCUAGUAUUUUCAAAUGCCACAUUGUAGCUUCAAAUGUACAAUAGGCAGCUUUUCAUUAUGACCUUGUGUGCAUGCAGUUUUAAAUUUCAAAUAUAACAUUGGUUUAAAGAGGGGGUCUCGUGGCCUAGAGAUUAAGGUGUUGGCCUCUCAUUCAAUUUAAUUCAAAGGUCCCGGGUUCG